GACUAACUUGGGGCUGGGAACAACAUACACUGCAUGAUUUUCAGAAUUAAAUCACGUUCACGGCUUGAAUAUCGUUUUUUGUUGUUGCGCAUUAGUUUAAGUGAAAGGGUUGCUUACUAGGGGUACCUGUUGGAUCAAUAUAAUUUGAAAGCGCACAUCAAAUCCAUUGAUUUUGAACUGCACCUAUCAGGAAUAAGAUCAGGACAGCGUGUGCGCUUUUUUGGAGAGUACUUCUUCAAGGUAGCAGAAACUAAACAAGUUGUGGCUCUUCAUUGAUUAUGCAAAAAAGGAAGGAUACUUAGAUUGACUUUUGAGUUUUGAUCUUCGUCAUCCAUGACUGAUUAGAAACGGCUACAGGAUUCUGCUGAAGACUAGUCUGUAGGCACAGGCAUAUAGACAAUGAUUGAAACAUUGAUCAACAAGUGGGUCUCAAAUAAGACUAGCAUAAUUAUGUGAUAAAGAAGAAGAAGAGGGCCUACAGUACACAAGUCAUUUUGAGAGAAAGUUUGCCCAGCAGACUUGCCAAAGACCUGGUCCCAUUCUUAUGAUAUUGGGUCGCCGAAGAGGCGAAGACCCUAAGCAGACUUGGCCCAUCCUGUGAAACUGAAAGAAAGAGGAGGGCAACAAAUUUGUUGAUUCUUCACUAAACAUUAUUAUAAAAAAAUGAGAGUUAUAGCUAAUUCAGCUUAUCUAUAAGAUGCGAAGAGGAAUAUUUUAAGCUGUUUUGUGAAAUUCAGGUGACAUUGUUGUAGAUUAAGUGUAUUGUUGUUUGAGAUGGAUGAGCAAGGGUAUGGAGAAAUUGUGUGUUUUCUCACCACCAAACAGUUUCCUGAACGAAUCACGGGUAAGGAACCUGCCCAUCGACUAGCACAGAAUGCAUUCAGGAAAAGAAUAAAGAAAUAUGAAUUAUGUGAUGAAAAACUGUACUUUAGAAAAGGCAUGACAAGAUUAAAAGUAGUCCAAACUUCGGAAAGAGAGCAGUUGUUCAGAGAAUUUCAUGAUUCUCCUUCUGGCGGUCAUGGGGGCCUGAAUGUGACCUUCAAGAAAAUAUCUCAGAGAUAUUAUUGGAGAGGGCUGAUGUCUUAUCUUAAAGUCAAGGUGAAGCAGUGCCAGGUUUGCCAAAAUAGAGAACUUUGGCCAAAUAUGACUUUAGCAUUGAAAGAACAAAGACAAAUAGGAAAGAGGAAAACAUCUGUUAAAAAGACUGCAGGAGGAAAGGCAAACAGCCCUCUAACCACCCAUGUCCUGGACACUGCCAGGGGUUCGCCCGCUGCUAAUCUCAGGAUUGAAGCCUACUACAUUAUGGCUGGACAAUGGAAGAAAAUUGCAGAAGGGCAAACCAAUUCUGAUGGUAGAUGUCCAGGUCUCCUAACCGCUGACCAAUUCCUCCCAGGAGUAUAUAAGCUCUACUUCGACACAGGCUCAUAUUUCACUGCAAAUGACAUCAAGGGAUUCUAUCCCUUUGUAGAGAUCGUGUUCGAGAUAGAAGACGUUAACCAGCACUACCAUGUUCCUCUGCUUUUAAGUCCCUUCUCCUAUUCCACCUAUAGAGGGAGUUGAUAAGCUUGUGAAUCGUAAUCAAAGCAGAAAUUCUCUUGGAAAUUGAAAAUGAACAUUGAGAAAUCAAAGACAGUAAAAGAAGGCAUUGGAUCGGAGCAGAAAUGCAGGAAAUGAAUGUUUGUUACACACAAAAAAUCCCAAUUUUUUUUUUUUUUUUGGUUACUGCCUUGGUCUGCAUCAUGGGAUAAGCGCUAACAUUGCAAUAAAUGGGAAUAUUCCAGGGCCCUUUAAGACAUUUCUGGGGCAAAAUCGCCCCAUGCGUCUCCAUGUAAUUUUCCCCCUGGUUCAUGAUCCAAUUCACCGACUCGAUGGUACAGAAUAAAAAGCUUUUCCUGAAUGUAUGUGUUACAUGGACUUGCAUUGUUUUUUUCACACGUCUGACUGACUUCACGAAACAAACACUUAAUGUCAUUCAGGGAUCUUGCUUGAAAUUGAUAACAAACAAAAAAUAUCAACUAGACCUGGCCAUUUUGCACCCCCAAAUUUAUUUUGUUCUCAAAGAGAUGUCAAUUUUACUAUGGUAUUAAUCCUGUUGAAAAUGCAGAUUUCCCAUAUUAUUAUGCUCUGUUCUAACAUUAAUUUAGUGCCAUUUGACAAAGGUGCUCAUUUAGAAUUUGACUUGACAUAAUAUUGCACACGCUGAAAUAUGCAUAAUUACGUACACAAAAUCCGCCAAAAGUUUUGUACCAUGGUACAACUGAAUAUGGGCCUAUAUGUGGGAAAGGUAAGGACUCUUUCUGUCAUCUGAUAAGAGUCCUUGCUGAUUUGAUAGGAUUUGUAUGAUUUUUUUCUACUUUUGGAAAAAAAUAGGAAUUUUUAUUUGAUUUUGAAUCAUUAUUGCAUAUUCUGUUCUUUAUGAACAAAUUAACUUUUAAUAUUACUUACAAAGAGAAUGUCAACAUAUGAUUCACUUGCAAUCAAAUCUAACUUCUAUGAUUAUUGAAUGUUGAUUGAUUGUAUUAUUAGCCAAAAUUAGGUGUUAUGUGAUGAGGCCCAUACUUUUCAUUUUCCUUUAUUUUAAUACUAGGAAUCAUAACUAAUACGAUUGAUGUUGCGAAAUUCUCCCACAUUGGAAGAUGAAAAAUAUUGUGGGGCCCCAUCGCAUAAAGCAUACCACAAUGUACUUCUGGCUAGACAACCAAAAAAUUGAAAUCUAAUCAUGCGUUGCCAGUCUGGGUUCUAAAGAUAGUGCAUGUCAUAUAAGGAAUUACAGGUGUUUUUAUGGAUAUCCUACCUUUAAUUGAUCACUUUAAACAGGUAUUUUGUAUGAUCAUGGAAGUUCAUCUGUGGUGGUUGAAAAUAAGUAAAAUUUUAACAUUUUCUCACAACACAAAAAAAUCCAAAGAAUUGCCUCAAAAUUUUCGGCUGCCUUCUUCAGCAAUGCCAAAGUGACCCGAUAUGACCUAGUGACGUAGCGAUCGAUAAUCUAGUUGUAGACACUCGGAAGCUUUAAUUGUCCUCUGUCCCUAUUGGAUUUUCUUUGUGUUUUUCAGAUUUUGCUUUGUUGUGAGCAAAAGUUUGAAUUUUACUUAGUAUUUUGUACGAUUAUUCUUUGAAAAUCUGAUUUUUCUCUUAUGAUAAAACUAGUUAUCGUAGGCUCUGUAACGCCAAAGUUAGUGUGAAACUGCAAACUAUAAUUUUUAUGCAUAUCUUUAUUUUCAACCAGUCUGGUCAGAUGUAAUUCCGUGAUUCUGUGACAAAGCACAUAUGAUAUGUUGUAAAAUGUUUACGAUUUAGUACAAUUUGGCAUAAUUGAUUAAAUCUAAU